GGGGACAGCCAGGACCAUCAUGGGGACAUCAUGGACAGGGCCACCACGGGGUUGGGGACACCUGAAUCACCCUGGGGACAUCAGAGCUGGCUGCCCGUGCUUUGGGGGGUGCCAGGAGCCGCCUCACUGUCCCCAGAGGAGCCCCCGGUGGCGUCCCCGGUGCUGAGGAGCUGCAGUGUCCCCGUGCCGUCCCCGCUGUCCCCCGUGCAGGCCUGGGUGGGGUCCCUGCGCCAUCCCCAGGACACGCUGCGGGGCCUGGCUGACCUGCACCCCGACGUCUUCGCCGUCACCCCCAGGCUGGACAUCCUGCACACGGUGGCCACGUGGCAGAAGAACUUCAGGAGGAUUAGCUAUGCCCGUGUGCGCACCCGGGCCGAGGUGCGGGGCGGCGGCCGCAAGCCCUGGCGGCAGAAAGGCUCUGGGCGCGCCCGGCACGGCUCCGUGCGGUCCCCGCUGUGGAGGGGAGGUGGCAUCGCCCACGGCCCGCGGGGCCCCACCAGCUACUUCUACAUGGUGCCCAUGAGGGUGCGGGUGCUGGGGCUGAAGGUGGCCCUGAGCGUGAAGCUGAUGCAGGACGAGCUGCACGUGGUGGAGAGCCUGGAGCUGCCCAGCAGUGACCCCCAGGAGCUGCUGGAGCUGGCACGGGCACGGCGCUGGGGACACUCCGUGCUGCUGGUGGACACCAAUGAAUUCCCAGAGAACAUCAGCGCCGCGGCCGAGGGGCUCAAAUCCAUCACCCUCAUCCCCGCCCUGGGGCUCAACGUGCACAGCCUGCUCAAGCACCAGACGCUGGUGCUGACCCUGGACGCCGUCGCCUUCCUGGAGCAGCGGCUGCUGUGGCACGACUCGCGCUACUCGCCCCUGGUGCCCUUCUCCCUGCCCCACCGGGACCUGCCCGCGGCCGCCUGAGACCCCUCCCCGUGGGAUUUGCCCCUCUCGGGUGGGAUUUGUCCCCGCCAUGGGGCAGAUCCCGUCAGGAAAGGAUUUGGGGACACCGCGGCACAACGAGGUUUUGUCCCCUCUCCCUGUCCUGGAGGAUUUCCUGGAGCCCCCCCGGGUGGGAUUUGCCCCCCCCCGAUGGGAUUUGCUCCCCCAGACCGGAUCCAGCCCCCCCAUUCAGGAAUUCGGGGCUGUCGGGCGCUGCUAUGGCCAUUAAAGGGAUUUUUUUUCCA